UUCUUUCUUUUUUCGUCAUGUACCGACUCACAUGUAUUUGAGAACGGAAAACGCUAUUGAGAUUUGAAAGGACCACAAGAAAUAUGGUGGUUAGAAAACGAUUAUAGAUAGGAGUGUUCUUUUGUUCUUCAGCUUUUUAGUGGAUGCAAAUGUGGAAGUGAUCUCUGUAUAAAAUUGACAAGAUCUCUUUGAAAUGUCUUCAAUGCAUUUCGUAGUCCAUCCAUUGCCUGGAACAGAGGAUCAAUUGAUAGAUAGACUUAGAGAAGUAGCAGAGCGCUGGAAUAGAUAUGGUACUGGAGCUGCGCCAUCUGCUCUAACCUCUUUAAGGGGUGUUCGAGCAGUUGCUGCUGGACCAGCCCAUAUAGCUUGUUUGCUUGAAGAUGGUAGUAUAUGUCGAGCUGCGUUCUCCAUUAUUCCCGACAGAUUAGACUUGAGUAAAGCAGAUGCUAGUAAAAAUGGUGGAAACGGUGGGGGAGGUAAUGGCGGCGGUGGUACUAGUGGAGGCAAGCAAGGAGGGAGUGGAAGUGGGUGUGGAUCUAGGCAACAACCGCGCACAAGAGCAAGAAUUAUGCGAAAUUCAAUUCGUGCCGCACCCAGUUCACAAGGAUCUACAAGCAGGGCUACUGGUGUGAUAAUCGGCGCAUCAGGCUCUAGUCGAGUAGUUUCAGCUGUACAAGCACCAUUCGUGCCAGAGGAUUUAGUAACCCAAGCCCAGGUGGUUCUUCAAGGAAAAAGCAGAAGCCUUAUAAUAAGAGAGUUGCAGCGUACGAAUCUCGACGUAAAUCAGGCCGUUAACAACUUAUUGUCCCGCGAUGACGAGGAGGGCGAGGAACCGGAAGGUGGCGAGGGUGGCGAUGGCUACGUUCCCGAAGACCUCAUUUCACUUCUCGACGGAGGUUUUCACGCUACCCAACAAGACCAAUCAGUGAUUAUAGACGCAGACGCCAUGUUUUCGGAGGACAUCUUCGGGUACGCGGCUGUCAGAAGUCGCAGUGGAGGCGGAGGCGGUAGUGGAGGUGUACGUGCUGGCGCCAGUCGCGAGAGUAGCAGCUCAACUCAAGACCGACCCUCGGAAUUCAGCCGGUGGCGAGAAAGACAAUACUUCGGCCCUCGGCGAUGGCUGGAAUCUGCUCUUCGAGAUACAUCCUGGGAUAAGGAAGGAGUAGAAAGCAAAAAGAAAGACUCGGCAAUGGCAGCCUCGCCGUUGUGGGUAUCUGAAGAGUUAGAAUAUUGGGACAGUAACAUUCGCUUUACUCACAUUGCUGCUACGUAUAGUGAACUGAUCGCUAUCUCUACCCAAGGACAGUUGCAUCAGUGGCGCUGGUCUGAUGCGCAUCCAUAUCAGCGUAAUGAUGCAUCUGGUUGCAUGUUUCACCCUCGAGGAAACUGGCUAGGAUUGACACCUGGAGAAAGAAUUUUAAGUAUGAGCGCAGCUGGUAUACGUGUGUCUGUGCUUACCGACGGUGGGCGCGUUGCGACUUUUUUGGACGAGUCUAUAGCUCAUGCUCCUGGUGCUGCAAGGUUAGAGCAUCCUCUGCAAACCUUUUCAGAGUUUGGCUCUGACAAAGCUGUUUCUCUGCAUGUUUGCUCACUGUAUACUGUUGCGAGAUUGGAAUCUGGUACACUUUAUUGGUGGGGCGUAUUACCACUUGGUCAACGCGCCCGUCUUUGGGAGAAGCACCGCGCGCGCUCUCGUAAGCAACAGCGCGGUCACUCGUCGAAUACGCCUCAGGAUCUGCAAGCCGGUCAAAGCGUCACUAUGAAGAAUGCGCCGAUGUAUCAACCGGGAGCUAUAGGUUUCAACAUGUCAACGGGUGUACCAAAGGUGGGAAUAUUGCAAAAUGCUGCAUGGAAUCUAUCUGAUACAUGCCGUUUCAAACUAUUGCCACCACCCCAGCCUGAUCGUUCCAUCUCAGACAAAGACAAGAGAGAUUUACAGAACCAAUCGCCGCUAACAGUGUCAUCAGUGAAGGCAUCUUCUUCAAGCAGUAGUAACAAGGAUGGUGGCAAAGACAGUAAUAAAGAUAUGGCAGACCGUUUGGAUAUGCCCCCGCCACCUAGUCCUGCAUCUUCGACCUGCAGUGAUACAAGCACAUCGCAUAAACGAGCUAAACGUGUUACUGUCCGUGGUGAAGAAGGUUCGUCCAAUGAUGGGUCCAAACGCGACGAAGAAGAAUGGCCUCUGAAAGAAGUUGUGUUUCUGGAAGAUGUCAAAAGUGUGCCCUUGGGACGUGUUUUGAAAGUUGAUGGUGCAUAUGCAGCUGUUCGCUUUCCAUCUGUUGGGAAAGAUGGAAAAGAAAUUGUGCCAACUACACCAGAAGACUGGACCGCAUUGUUGCAAGAUUGUCGUUUAGUCCGCAAAGACGAUUUGGUAGCAGUGAAGUGGGGCGCUGGAGGGUCGGCUGGGCCACGCGGUCCUGAUUGCUUACAACGAUCCCCUAGAAAGAUUGCAUUACCCCCAGAUCUGAAUGUUAUUACAAUUGCAGUGGACAAUCGUGGUGUACAUGCUGUUGUCCGCCGUCCUGGCGGCGCUUUAGCUUAUGCUGUAUAUGCAGUGGGAACUACGCGUGCGCUCACCGAUAGUACAUUUCCAACAGACCACAGUGCACUGCUUGGAUACUCAAAUGGCCAAGCUAUACAACUUACUACUGCUGCAGAGGGAAGUGAACCAGUAGUGAUGAUGUUAGACGGAAACGGCGCACUCUACCCCGUGGCACGAGACUGCGUAGGCGCAGUGCGUGAACCACCACCCCUGAACUUGCCACCAGCGCGGGCACUGGCUGCACAUGCGUUGCCUUUGCAACCGCACCACCCUCAUCAUCCGCACCAUCCCGCUCUAAAGUCGCAGGUGGCGCUUAUUAUCAUGGUACCCGAACCACAACUCAUGAUGCCUCGCGUUUUACGCUGCGAUUUAGAUGGCGUUCGUCAACUUUUACACCAGUUGGAAUCUGACUCUAACAAACAACAAGUUCUUUCAAUAUUACAAGAGCGUUGCGACGGUAAUAGAAACAUUCUACACGCUUGCGUGCAUAUGUGUGCGCCGACAUCUAAUAAGGAACCUGAUAUUGUUGAAAACGCCUCAAUGCCUAACAUACCGAGUGGUACAAGCGGCAGCGGUGCAAGUGCAGAAGAAGCUGUGCCAGCGCUUACGUGGCCGCCGGAAACAUUCGAAGCUUCAGGAGACGAAGAUAGCCUAAUGGGAUUGACUAAUAACGGAAAAAUGACAAGUGGGAGCAACAAUGGAGGUAGUGCAGUAAGUGCAGACCCAGCAGAACGUCGAGGAAAUGCGUUAGCUGCGCUCCGUGCCCUGUGCGAGAGUUCAGCAUUACAACCAUUUUUAAUGCAACUGCUUACCGCCAAGGAUGGCAUGGGGCAAACACCUCUAAUGGCUGCAGUAGCAGAACGCGCAUAUCGUGCCGCGUUAGUUCUUCUAGACUCCAUCCGCGCGUGCCCAGAUGCUGACGAAACACAACGCUCUGCAGCUAUCUUCCCGCCCAAUGCGCACCCGGAUCAUUCUCCAUUACUUGUACUUUGCUGUAACGAUACCUGCAGUUUCACAUGGACUGGACAGGAUCAUAUAAAUCAAGAUAUAUUUGAAUGUAAAACUUGUGGACUGACUGGAUCACUUUGCUGUUGCACGGAAUGCGCGAAGGUAUGCCACAAAGGUCACGAUUGCAAAUUGAAACGUACUUCACCCACGGCGUAUUGUGACUGUUGGGAAAAAUGCCGUUGUAAAGCAUUGGUUGGUGGAAACUGGGCUGCGCGGUGUGACUUACUCGCAAGACUUGCUAGAGAUACGCAACUUGCUACCCAUUUUAACUCCAGAGGCGAGUCGAUCUUGCUAUUUCUGGUCCAAACAGUCGGCCGUCAAGCGGUGGAGCAACGUCAGUUCCGUGCAGGUGGCGGACGAGGUCGUGGUCCGCGCAAGCAGCCCGGCUCAGAUGCCGAGGUUGAUGUGCCUGAUCAUGACUUGGAGCCACCACGUUUUGCACGACGAGCACUUGUUCACCUCUUAGGUGACUGGCCGGCGGUAGAAGCAGCAAUUAUGUGCGGAUCCAAUGGAUACAAUGACGGAGGAAGUGGAUCAAAUAGCCCUGCACCUAAUCAAUCUGGAACAACAUUGUUAGACAAAUUCACUCAUGCUCUUAUAGUCAAAUGUACUAACGAGAUGUUAGACACACUAUUGCACACAUUGAUCAGAGAGCAACAAAAUGACGCGGUACCAGGAAGAGCAGAGCGUUCCAGAGAAGUUACACGACGAUUCGUUCGGUCAGUUGCUAGAAUAUUUGUAAUAUUCAGUGUAGAAAUGGCUCCGGGUGCCGCUAAGAAAAAAGGGCCUUUAUCGAUCACAUCGUCGUUGGUUCGUUGUCGUCGAGUAUUUGCAGCUUUAGUAGCUCUCGCAGUAGAAGAAUUGGUGGAAGCAGCUGACGCAUUACUUGCUCCAGUGCGUCUGGGUGUUGUUCGCCCUACUGCACCUUUUCCACUUGCAACAACUUAUGUAGACUUAGUUAAUGGCAGUGAAGACUUAUUUGGUGUGGAACCUUUAUCUACCGGACACUCACGGCUACCUCAUUCACGCAGAGAAUCGAAUGUAACCGGGGGGCGUGGUGGUGCUGCUGCUGGUACAUCAAUGGGGAGUUCUACUUUAGUGCCUGAUCGAUCAUCCACUCCUGUAGCUACAGAGUACCCUGAUGAUGUCACCGGAGAAGCACUAGGUGCAGAUGAUGAUGCUUCUGAAACUGAUGAACCCAAUAUACCUGCUCCUGUAGCACCAGCUGAAUCUCAGCAUCACGAUGACCCAAUGGGUGAUAGAGGUCAAGAGCAACAUGUGGUUGUUGAAAAUGGAACUGAGCGCGUCGAAGGUGGUGAAAGCGAGAGUGAAUUAGACUUACUGGCUGAAGUCGAGACAGAGAGUGACUCUGACGACCAAGAUAACGCUGAAUCCGCGCAACGCAGUGUGCAGACUGGUGCUACACAAGGAUCAGAUGCUGGCAUAGCGUCGAUGCUGUUGUAUCCAGAGGAUGAAAGCGGUGAUUCGACGCAGCCUGAAGAUGAAGAUUCAGAAGCUGGAGAAACUGAUGAACAAGACGCCGAAGCCGAGCUUCCACUACACGAUGGAGAACCCCUUGAACGACGAUCUGCACCGCCAUCCAGGCCUAAUUUAGCGCCUCAUUCCAUGCAGUGGGCUAUUCGUUCUCGCGAGACAUCACGAGGUACAACAAGUGGUACGGGCGGAGUAAGAUUGACGGGUAGCUCAUCGCUUGUUUUCAUUGACCCGUCCUCGUUACGUCGAUCUACAGCCGCUGCGGCUGCCGGCGCACAGGAUCCUCACUCCACAUCUACUACUGCAUCUUUUCUUGCUAGAGCUUUUGGAAUUGUUAUACGACAAAUAGCAGAUCUACUCUGGGAAUAUGAGCGAAUCACUUUGCCACUGCCGCGUAUGUUGCCUUUGGCUUACCGUGAGGCGUUGCGCUUACAAUGCUAUCUUGAAAGACAGCUUAAACAAACUUGGGAUUGGCUAGUCACCGUCAUGGACGCAACUGAGGCACAACUUAGAUUUGGUGCAUCACUUACUUCUAAUAACGCCAGUUCUUCUACUGGGGAAAGCCGUUCAUCUGCACCGGCCACUAGACGAACUACAUCAUUUACAUCACCAGCGACCAGGAUCAUUGGCUUCUCUGAAGCUCCCAGAGCCAGGGAUCGGGAACAAGGAGUCGAAGCAGGAAGUGCUCGCAGAGAAUUUCUAGCAUACUGUCUGUCAUUACUGAGGGCGCAUAGUGCGGAACACGCUGAACAGUUACCAGUCCUCGACGUGGCGGCGCUCAAACAUGUAGCUUACGUCUUAGAUGCACUAGUUUAUUAUAUGCGAGCAGCGCAACCUCAGCCACAUCAUCAUCAGCACCUGUGGGCUCCAGAUGAAAAUGAAAACGAAGAAGGGGAAGAAGAGAUGGUAGUAGGCGGUGGUACCGCUGCGGAGUCAGAUGGCGAAGCCGAAGGAGCUAGAGGACGAGCACAUGCCUUUUUCCAGCGCUCUGACUCCACUCUAUGUCUGGGUUGUCCACCACCUGAUCCAUUCAAUAUGACGAUGCAAGACGCCCUACCCCUUGCCGAUCAACCCCAGCUGUUGCAGCCUAAUGCACGUCGAGAGGAGCUAUUUGGUAUGCCGCGUCAGCCAGUAACAGUACCAGCAUCUGGAGACGGUCCGCCAGGAGCUAACAACCCACUGGAAGUUGUACCACGGCGAUUAGGAUUGUCAAGUCGUGGAACUGAGCGUGGCUGGUCUCCUCCGGCGCGACCGGCAUCUGCACCACCUACACACAAUCAUGCUGUAACUCGAGAUGAACCACAGGACUUAUCUUGUGCUAAGGAUACUGUGACGAAAAUGGACAUUGAUACAGAUGGUGAAUAUUUAUCUGAUUCUGAUUCAAAUGAAGCAAGACAAAUACCAAGAAAGAAGCAUCAUAGGCAUCCACAUGCUGCCACAAUGAAUAGUAAUAGUCAUCAGGAACCCAAUGCGUCCACAUCUGAAUUCCACACAUUAGUUGACACAGCUUGUUCAAUAAUGGAAGCCCCUCAUCAACAGAAUGUGCCUUUACCUGGGCCUAGCAAUGCAACCGCAGCAGUGCAGGAGCCGCGCGCAUCGUCCUCACGAAGUCCGGGCAAGACCGUUAUUGUACGUGCUGGCGAAUUACUUAGUGCUGCUGACCCUCUAGAAUCACAAGAAAUAUCAGCACAUGUCACUGUAGAAACAACAGGCCUUCCACCGGCGCCAUUACUACCUCCUCAAGUCCUCAAUGCUCCAGCUCAGCCGCGCGCUUGUCCGUCUUUGGGCGCCUCCGUAUCACAUGACUUACUAUUAGGUCGUUGGAGGCUGUCACUAGACUUAUUCGGGCGUGUUUUCACUGAGGACGUGGGCUUGGAGCCGGGAUCAGUAGUCGCUGAACUUGGCGGUUUCCCUGUCAAGGAAGUCAAGUUUAGAAGAGAUAUGGAAAAAUUACGUAACUCACAACAGAGGGACUUAACUUUACACAAGAUGGAACGCGAUCGUGCAAAAUUGUUACAACAGACUUUCGCCGAGUUGAACAGUGCAUUUUCGGGACAAAACCGACGCGCUCAUAGUGCACAGCCACCAUUAGCUGUCAACCGCGUUAAGGUUACUUUCCGAGAUGAGCCCGGAGAAGGCAGCGGAGUGGCGCGCUCCUUCUAUACCAGUGUUGCUGAAGCUUUACUCGCAAACGAAAAACUUCCUCCAUUAGAAUCUACAUCAGGUAGCAGUAGUAAUAACACAACAACCAAUGGUACAUCAGGUUCAUCUGGCGCGGCUGCUAGUGGUGCUAGUAGCAAUAGUGGAGCAAGGAGUGGUGCAGGUCGAGCCCGCGCGAAAGACAACGCGAGGCGAGCGCCGGGCCGGCCCGCGCCGCGACCGCCCGCCGCACGCGAGCCGCGAAGGGUUCUCAGUGUCGACGCCCGCCCGUACUCGCCGCAGGCUGCUCCUGGAACUGAAGGUGCUGGUUACAGUGGAGACAGACCUGGAGGACACAAUGAACAUCUAACACUACAUCAAGCACAACUCGGAGAAAGGCUUUAUCCUAAAGUGCAUUCUCUUCAUCCGACAUUUGCGGGAAAAAUAACAGGUAUGUUACUGGAGUUGACUCCUGCGCAGUUACUUGUACUGCUGGCGAGUGAAGAUGCACUGCGGCAGAAGGUCCGCGAAGCCAUGGAUCUCAUUGUAAUGCAUCCUUCGGAAGCGAUAUUAGAUUUGGACGUGUUCUCGCUAUCAGAGCGCGGGGCCGGUAGCGGCAGCAGCAGCGCGGGCGCAGCGAGCGCUGGCAACGCGAGCGCGUCAAGUGCGGCCGCGGACGACGCCGCUCCUCUGUUUUACUCGCCCGGCAAGCGUGGCUACUACUCGCCGCGACAGGGACGUGCGACACCUGAGCGCAUCAAUGCCUUCCGAAAUGUCGGCAGAAUAAUCGGCCUGUGUCUAUUACAAAAUGAGCUAUGCCCGAUGUUCCUCAAUCGACACGUACUGAAGUAUAUAUUAGGGCGGCCAGUGCGUUUCCACGAUCUGGCCUUUUUCGAUCCUAUAGUGUACGAAAGUCUGAGGCAACUUGUCGUCGACGCCGAGACUGGCGACUCUCACUCGCUUUUUGCUACUCUUGAUCUCAACUUUAGUUUGGAAAUGUGUGAAGAAGAAGGUGGCGGUUGUGUUGAAUUAGUUCCUGGCGGUCGGGAGAUCGAAGUUACUGCGCUCAAUGUGUAUGACUAUGUACGAAAAUACGCACAACAUCGUAUGUUACUCUCUCAAGAAAAAGCGCUUGAAGCAAUGCGAGUUGGCGUUCUUGAUGUUUUACCAGAAUCUGCUUUAGAAGGAUUAACAGCUGAAGAUUUGAGACUUUUACUAAAUGGCGUAGGAGAUAUAAACGUAACUGCACUCGUUUCAUACACGAGCUUCAACGAUGAAAGCGGUGAACCACCAGAACGAUUAGCCCGUUUCAAACGGUGGUUAUGGGCCAUUGUAGACAAAAUGACACAUUUAGAAAGACAAGACUUAGUAUAUUUCUGGACAGGAUCACCGGCACUACCGGCAUCGGAGGAAGGCUUUCAGCCUAUGCCUUCGGUCACUAUACGGCCAGCUGAUGACGCGCAUCUACCCACCGCUAACACGUGCAUCUCUCGACUCUACAUACCCCUUUACUCUUCGCGACACGUGCUCAAGCAUAAACUGUUACUCGCUAUUAAAACUAAGAACUUCGGCUUUGUGUAAAUCUUGUUCGCAACGACAACGUAUUUCGUUUAGUUAUAAGUUCAGUCACUUAAGACUGCCGUUGUAUUCUAUCUGUGUUAGUUUUACGAUACUGUAUGUCUGUAUUUAUAGAGCGCCAUAAAUAACUUAUGUCGGAAAAUUAGCACUAGUACGUACAUAAAUGUAUGAUUUAUAUCCUUUUGACGAUUAUGACUGAAAAUUUAUAACUUGGGGUUAUUUGACUGAAUAAUUAUAUUCCGAAUGCAAUAAUUGUCCAUUUUAAAAAUAGCCCUAUUUUCAGCACAAGUAUAUAAUAUACAAACCAUUUUAAAAGAAUACCUUAUAAUUAUACAGUUAUAAAAUUACAAUUGACUGGAUUGUUAGCCAUUUUGAAAUUUCAGUCGUAUAAUAUAACUUCAUCAGUCAACAGUACGCGUCUUUUACAACGGCGUAUUAAAUUUGAUAAAGGUCAAUAUAUAUAUUGUCACCGAGGACAAGCAUAUAUUGACGCAAAAUAAUAAGAAAGUCAACACUAUUAUAUAAAUAUUCCGGCAGUUACUAAAUCCCGUUUAGAAGUUUUCUUUUUAUUCUCUUACUAUUGUUUCCGUUUAAUCUAAAUGCAUCUGAUUUUUCUUCCUAUUUAUUUUGAAUGGUUUAAGAUAUUUCAAGAAUAUACUUUAAAAUUAUUCUCUUUACAAGCUUGUUAUAUAGAGAAAUAUAUAAGAUCAUAGAUAAUGGGUAUAUUACAAAUAUGAUUUGUUUGGGAAUACUGGGCAGAGGCGUUUGGAUUCCAUUAAUAGUGGAUUUUGUGAUAAAGGAGGAAGUAUUAUGCGCCUCUAUCUCUAAAUUUAAGAUUUCAAUUAGAUUCCCCUUGAUUAGUUGUAUUUAAUAAGGUUCAUAAUAAAUACUUCUCAAAACGCUUA